AUGGCUUCUAAACAUUUAGCUGCCCUUGCAAUCUUCGCAAUUCUUCUUCCUGCUGUGGCCAUGGCAACUGAGUUUACUGUUGGAGAUGAUCAAGGUUGGACCAUUAAUUUCGACUAUGUAGCCUGGGCCAAGGACAAAGUCUUUCAUGUUGGCGAUAAACUAGUCUUCAAAUACACGGCGGGAAGGCACAAUGUCUUCAAAGUUAACGGUACUGCCUUCACGAACUGCACUAUACCACCAGCAAAUGAGGCUCUUACCACUGGAAAUGAUGUGAUUACACUGGCCACCCCUGGAAGGAAGUGGUAUAUUUGUGGUGUGAACGACCAUUGUGCCAACUAUGGACAGAAGCUUGCCAUCACAGUGCUGGAAGCGUGGGUGUCUCCUGCAUCAGCCCCCUCCACCCCCGCAGCGCCAGCCCCCUCCACCCCCGCAGCACCAGCCCCCUCAACCCCCGCAGCACCAGCACCCAGUUCUGCUUAUGGGAUCUCGGUGUCUGGGUAUCAGCUGCUGAUGGCAGCCAUGGUUGCUGUUGCUUUCCUAGUCGUUUGA